GCUCGUCGCGCCGCGGGCGGCGCAACCCUUAGCGCCCCGGCCGCUGCAGCCAGCCCCCUGCCGGCGCGCUCGCCAUUCCGGCCCCCGCCACGGCCGCAGGUCCCACUGUUGCGCCCACUGUUCCUGCUGCUGCUCCUGGGGGUGGCGCGGGCCGGCGCCCUGGAGAUCCAGCGCCGCUUCCCCUCGCCCACGCCCACCAACAACUUCGUCCUGGACGGCGCGGCGGGGACGGUGUACCUGGCGGCCGUCAACCGUCUCUACCAGCUGUCGGGUGCCAACCUGAGCUUGGAGGCCGAGGCGGCCGUGGGCCCAGUAGCCGACAGCCCGUUGUGCCACGCCCCGCAGCUGCCGCAGGCCUCGUGCGAGCACCCACGGCGCCUCACCGACAACUACAACAAGAUCCUGCAACUGGACACCGGCCAAGGCCUGGUGGUCGUGUGUGGCUCCAUUUACCAGGGCUUCUGCCAGCUGCGGCGCCGGGGCAACAUCUCCGCCGUGGCUGUGCACUUCCCGCCCGCCGGGCCGCCCGCCGAGCCUGUCACCGUGUUCCCCAGUAUGCUGAAUGUGGCGGCCAACCACCCAAAUGCAUCCACCGUAGGGCUAGUCCUGCCGCCGGCCUCAGGCACGGGGGGCAGCCGCCUGCUCGUGGGCGCCACGUACACGGGUUACGGCAGCGCCUUCUUCCCGCGCAACCGCAGCCUGGAGGACCACCGCUUCGAGAACACGCCCGAGAUCGCCAUCCGUUCUCUAGACGCGCGCGGCGACCUGGCCAAGCUCUUCACUUUCGACCUCAACCCCUCCGACGACAACAUUCUCAAGAUCAAGCAGGGCGCCAAGGAGCAGCACAAGCUGGGCUUCGUGCGCGCAUUUCUGCACCCGCCGGACUCGCUGUCCCGCGCACCAUCCUACGCGUACCUGGCGCUCAACAGCGAGGCGCGCGCGGGCGACAAGGAGAGCCAGGCGCGGAGCCUCCUGGCGCGCAUCUGUCUGCCCCGCGGCGCCAGCGGCGACGCCAAGAAGCUCACUGAGUCCUACAUCCAGCUUGGCUUGCAGUGCGCGGGCGGCGCGGGUCGAGGCGACCUCUACAGCCGCCUGGUCUCAGUCUUCCCGGCACGCGAGCGGCUCUUCGCAGUUUUCGAGCGGCCCCCAGGGGGUCCCACGGCCCGGGCGGCUCCAGCCGCGCUCUGCGCCUUCAGCUUUGCUGAUGUGCAAGCCGCCAUCCGCACCGCACGCACAGCCUGCUUCGUGCAGCCGGCGCCGGACGUGGUGGCGGUGCUAGACAGUGUGGUGCAGGGCACCGGGCCGGCUUGCGAGCGCAAGCGAAACAUCCAGCUUCAGCCGGAGCAGCUGGACUGUGGGGCUGCCCACCUGCAGCAUCCACUGUCAGUCUUGCAGCCCCUGAAGGCCACACCUGUGUUCCGUGCCCCUGGCCUCACUGCUGUAGCCGUGGCUGGUGUCAACAACUACACAGUGGUCUUCCUGGGGACCGUCAGUGGGCGUCUCCUCAAGAUCAAUCUGAACGAGAGCAUGCAGGUUGUGAGCCGGCGGGUGGUGACCGUGGCCUACGGGGAGCCUGUGCACCACAUCAUGCAGUUUGACCCCGUAGACCCUGGCUACCUCUACCUGAUGACGUCACACCAGAUGGCCCGGGUGAAAGUCGCUGCAUGCUACGUGCAUUCCACCUGUGAAGACUGUGUGGGUGCAGCGGAUGCCUACUGUGGCUGGUGUGCCCUAGAGACUCGGUGCACUUUGCAGCAGGACUGCGCCAACUCCAGCCAACAGCAUUUCUGGACCAGUGCCAGCGAGGGCACCAGCCGCUGCCCUGCCAUGACCGUCCUGCCAGCUGAGAUUGACGUGCUCCGGGAGUACCCAGGCAUGAUCCUGCAACUCUCGGGCAGUCUGCCAGACCUAAGUGGAAUGGAAAUGGCCUGCGACUAUGGGAACGAAGUCCGCACCAUAGCCCGGGUGCCGGGCCCUGCCUUCAGCCACCAAAUUGCCUACUGCAACCUCCUCCCUAGGGACCGCUUCCCACCCUUUCCACCAAACCAAGACCACGUAAACGUCGAGAUGUCUGUGAGGGUCAAUGGACGGAACAUCGUCAGGGCCAAUUUCACCAUUUAUGACUGCAGCCGCAUUGGACAAGUGUACCCCCACACAGCCUGCAUCAGCUGCCUGUCAACACAGUGGCCCUGUUUCUGGUGCGCCCAGCAGCACACCUGCGCCUCCAACCAGUCUCAGUGCGAGGCCUCCCCCAAUCUCACGAGCCCUCAGGACUGCCCCCAGAUCCUGCCCUCACCCUUGGCACCUGUGCCCACUGGCGGCUCCCAGAACUUCCUGGUGCCUCUGGCCAAUGCCUCUUUCUUCCAAGGCACAGCCCUAGAGUGCAGCUUUGGGCCGGAGGAGAUCUUUGAGGCCACAUGGGUGAAUGAAUCAACUGUAUGCUGCAACCAAGUGGUGCUGCACACGACCCAGAAGAGCCAAGUGUUUCCACUCAGCCUUCAGCUAAAGGGAAGGCCAGCCCGAUUCCUGGACAGCCUGGACCCCAUGACAGUUGAGAUCUAUAACUGUGCCAUGGGGAGCCCUGACUGCUCCCAGUGCCUGGGCCGGGCUGACCUGGGCCACCUGUGUAUGUGGAGUGAUGGCUGCCGCCUGCGGGGACCCCUACAGCCCCUGGAAGACUCCUGCCCCGCCCCCGAGAUCUACACGAUUGAGCCCCAGAGUGGCCCGCUGGAUGGUGGAACGCUGCUGACCAUCCGAGGCAGAAACCUGGGCCGGCGGCUCAGGGACGUGGCCCAUGGUGUGUGGAUUGGCGGUGUGGCUUGUGAGCCGCUGGCUGACAGAUACACGGUGUCAGAGGAGAUUGUGUGUGCCACAGGACCAGCCCAAGGGCCCUUCUCAGAUGUGGUGACGGUGAAUGCCUCCAAAGAGGGCCGCUCACGGGAACGCUUCUCAUACGUGCUACCUCUGGUCCACUCCGUGGAGCCUGCCGUGGGCCCCAAGGCAGGGGGCACCAGGAUCACCAUCCGUGGGAGCCACCUGGAUGUGGGCUCUGAGCUCCAGGUCCUGCUCAAUGACACAGAGCCCUGCACAGACCUCCAGCGUACGGCCACCAACAUUUCCUGCACUGCGCCUGGUGGGGCCCUGCCAGUGCCCGUACCCGUGUGCGUACGCUUUGAGCGCCAGGGCUGCACACGUGGCAACCUCACCUUCCGGUACAUGCGGAACCCGGUCAUCACCGCGAUCAGCCCUCGCCGCAGCCUGGUCAGCGGCGGAAGGACCAUCACAGUGGCCGGCGAGCGGUUCCACAUGGUUCAGAACGUGUCCAUGACGGUACAUCACAUUGGCCGUGAGCCUACGCUCUGCAAGGUUCUCAACUCCACCCUCAUCACCUGCCCCUCUCCGGGGGCCCUGAGUAACACGUCGGCACCAGUGGACUUCUUCAUCAACGGACGAGUGUACGCGGACGAGGCGGCCCUGGCCGAGGAACUCCUGGACCCUGAGGAGGUACAACGCGGCAGCAGGUUCCGCCUGGACUACCUCCCUGACCCGCAGUUCUCCACAGCCAAGAGGGAGAAAUGGAUCAAACACCACCCUGGGGAGCCUCUAACCCUGGUCAUCCAUAAGGAGCAGGACGGCUUGGGGCUGGAGAGCCAUGAGUACCGGGUAAAGAUCGGCCAGGUGGCCUGUGACAUCCAGAUCGUCUCUGACAGAGUGAUCCAUUGCUCGGUCAAUGAGUCCCUGGGUGCCACUGAGGGCCAGCUGCCCAUCACGAUCCAGGUGGGGAACUUCAACCAGACCAUCGCCACACUGCAGCUGGGGGGCAGUGAGACGGCCAUCAUUGUGUCUAUUGUCAUCUGCAGCGUCCUGUUGCUACUCUCUGUGGUUGCCCUGUUCGUCUUCUGUACCAAGAGCCGCCGUGCAGAACGCUAUUGGCAGAAGACGUUGCUGCAGAUGGAAGAGAUGGAGUCUCAGAUCCGGGAGGAGAUUCGUAAAGGCUUUGCUGAGCUGCAGACAGACAUGACAGACCUGACCAAGGAGCUGAACCGCAGUCAGGGCAUCCCCUUCUUGGAGUACAAGCACUUCGUGACUCGGACCUUCUUCCCUAAGUGCUCCUCCCUUUAUGAAGAACGUUAUGUACUGCCUUCCCAGGCGCUCAACUCCCAGGGCAGCUCUGUGGUGCAGGAGACUCACCCACUCCUGGGGGAGUGGAAGAUCCCUGAGAGCUGCCGGCCCAACAUGGAAGAGGGGAUCAGCCUCUUCUCCUCCCUACUCAACAACAAACAUUUCCUCAUCGUCUUCGUCCAUGCACUGGAGCAGCAGAAGGACUUUGCAGUGCGCGACAGGUGCAGCCUGGCCUCUCUGCUGACCGUGGCACUGCAUGGUAAGCUCGAGUACUACACGAGCAUCAUGAAGGACUUGCUGGUGGACCUCAUCGAUGCCUCGGCCGCCAAGAACCCCAAGCUCAUGCUGCGGCGCACCGAGUCUGUGGUGGAGAAGAUGCUCACGAACUGGAUGUCCAUCUGCAUGUACAGCUGUCUGCGGGAAACGGUUGGGGAGCCGUUCUUCCUGCUCCUGUGUGCCAUCAAGCAGCAGGUCAAUAAAGGUUCCAUUGACGCCAUCACAGGCAAGGCCCGCUACACGCUCAACGAGGAGUGGCUUCUGCGGGAAAACAUCGAGGCCAAGCCCCGGAACCUGAAUGUGUCCUUCCAGGGCUGUGGCAUGGACUCACUGAGCGUGCGGGCCAUGGAUACGGACACACUGACACAGGUCAAGGAGAAGAUCUUGGAGGCCUUUUGCAAGAACGUGCCUUAUUCCCAGUGGCCGCGUGCCGAAGAUGUGGACCUAGAGUGGUUCGCCUCGAGCACGCAGAGCUACGUCCUGCGGGACUUGGAUGACACCUCAGUGAUGGAAGACGGCCGCAAGAAGCUCAAUACCCUGGCCCACUACAAGAUCCCUGAGGGCGCCUCCCUGGCCAUGAGCCUCACAGACAAGAAGGACAACACCUUGGGCCGAGUGAAAGACUUGGACACAGAGAAGUAUUUCCAUUUGGUGCUGCCCACGGAUGAGCUGGUGGAGCCCAAGAAGUCCCACCGGCAGAGCCACCGCAAGAAGGUGCUGCCUGAGAUCUACCUGACCCGCCUGCUGUCCACCAAGGGAACACUGCAGAAAUUUUUGGAUGACCUGUUCAAGGCCAUUCUGAGCAUCCGGGAGGACAAGCCCCCGCUGGCUGUCAAGUACUUCUUUGACUUCCUGGAGGAGCAGGCUGAGAAGAGGGGCAUCUCAGAUCCAGACACCUUGCACAUCUGGAAGACCAACAGCCUUCCUCUCCGGUUCUGGGUGAACAUCCUGAAGAACCCCCAGUUUGUCUUUGACAUUGACAAGACAGACCACAUCGAUGCCUGCCUCUCAGUCAUUGCUCAGGCCUUCAUCGACGCCUGCUCUAUCUCUGACCUACAACUGGGCAAGGACUCACCAACCAACAAGCUCCUCUAUGCUAAGGAGAUCCCCGAGUACCGCAAGAUUGUGCAGCGUUACUACAAGCAGAUCCACGACAUGACCCCGCUCAGCGAGCAGGAGAUGAACGCUCACCUGGCUGAGGAGUCUCGGAAAUACCAGAAUGAAUUCAACACCAACGUGGCCAUGGCAGAGAUUUAUAAAUAUGCCAAGAGGUACCGCCCCCAGAUCAUGGCCGCUCUGGAGGCGAACCCCGCAGCAGGGAGGACACAGCUACAGCACAAGUUUGAGCAGGUGGUGGCUCUGAUGGAGGACAACAUUUACGAGUGCUACAGUGAGGCCUGA